GGCGGACCCCUCUUCCCCGCGUGCACACGCAACGGUGGCUCGGCCCCCGAUACAAGUCACCUGGAUGGGCACCGACGCCGAUCCAAAAUACACAGGCAUCCUCGAGGCGUUGGCCCUAAGAUAUCCACGACUACAUAAAUCCGACACAAUCAAGGUCAAGGGACGGGCCCAUUGCAGCCGUGGAGAGAGCAGACCACAUAUACUGAUAUGGGCCUGCAAAGGAGACCGACGGCUUACGUCUGCACAGGUUUUUGAGAACGGGGAGGUCAGGUUCUCUAGGGAGAAGUACGGCAAGCUGUGAGAUUGUGUCAUGUUAGUUAACGGCGGUGUGGUGAGAACCAGCGAAACCUAGCCAAAGCGGUGACAGGGAACUUUGCGGCGAAGUCAUGUAAAAGUCGAGUGCGCUGGACGUCACUCACUUGACUUGGGUGGCUGGGUUUUGAGGAGUGAUUAUCAAUGAGGCUGUGGAUUGGUUCUUCAAGUCAAGUUUCA